AUGACUGACACCCGCAUUCCCAGCGCUGCCCUGGUCUCCUCUCGUCCUGGAGGCGGCCUUUUCAGGCAGCACCGCCAGCUGGUGACGGGCUGCACAGCAGCAGCCACGGCCCCACGGUCCCCAGGGAGCUGGGCAGCGGGCUGGGCUGUCACAGGCCCUUUCUGGCCUGACCCCGGGGCUCUGACCCGCCAGCUCGCACUCACCUGCAUCACGCACUCGCCGCACAGAUGGACCACAGGAUUUCCCACCCCGCGCCCAAUUCCCUGCAUCGUCCGCCAGGGAGGCUUCGCAAGGUUUCGGGAGCCCUUCGCUUUGGCGGGGCCUCAGGAGCGAGCUCUGGGGAUCACAGGGGCCCAGCGUCUACGGAGCUUGGAAUUCAGCAUGCGGCCUCCCCUCCGAAGCGUGCGGGACCCCCGCUGUCCUGACAAUGUACCCGUGAGGCCCACUCGCCUCCCGCUACCGUCCCCGAAGCCGGGAGAGCUCACGUGUCCCGGCUUGGCCAACCAGGCGGGCCUGAAUGAGAGAAGCGGAGGAGAUGGGGGUCCUGUGAGCCGUGCGGGCACCUGUGGUGUAGACGGGGGCCAUCGGGGGAGUCGGCUGCUGCGCUUUACGGUGGUCAGGAAGCACCCUGCCGUGUGCGUGCCUGUGCCCUGUGCACACCGCCUGCACCACGUGCUGUUUGUGGACCCUGUUCUGGCUCAUCCGAGCCCCGUGAGCCCCAGCAGCGGGUGCUCCCUGGAGCUGAGACCAGUGCGCGCCACACCUGAGCCGCACGCAGCGACUGGGCCGCCAGGGUUUGUUCCCGCCGUGAAGGAGCCCCCUCCGGAGCUCAGACCUCCCGCCUCCUUCCCCAGCACCGCCCUGGGAGGCUCCCGGUUCCGGGACCACGACGUUCCGGAUGCAGACUUGCAGCUGUCGCCCCCUGAAGAACCUGCCCCUCAGCCCCUCCAGCCCCUCCCAGGCCCUGUGAUGGGCACCCUGCUUGGUGAGACAGAGAAGCAGGCCGAGCAGCGACCUGACCCUCAGCGGCCUUGCGCUCAAGCCCAGGUGGACAUGGCCCCGUUCAGCGGGUUCUACUGCUGUGAGGGUGAGGCCGUGGUCAUCCACGUGGCAGAGAACGGGCUCCUGCUGAAGGGUGGAGGCGGGCGGGGUCCUGACCCUCCUGGGGUGGAAACAGAGGGCAGCGAUGCGGCACCGGGCCAGCCCGGUGUCCCAUCGGGGAGCCGGGAGCAGCCGGCCAGGCCCCACAGGCCCCGCAGUACCCACCCCACCAGCCAGCACGUCCGGAAAGGAAAUGAGUGUAGCCGGGCGUGCCUGCCUUUCUAUGGGCCCGUGUUGGCUCCUGAUGAUGGCCACUUACCUUUCCAAGUGCGUGGACACCAGCUGUCCCGGAUCCGGGUCCAGGCCCGGACUGCCUACCUGCCUGGAGCUCUCGGGGGCAGGGUGGCAUUGCCCUGUGACGAGAGCUGGAGGGCCGGGGACCCAGCCCAGCCCUUCCCGGGCUGCCAGCCGGGCUCUGCUGCCUGGGGCUGGGCUGGCCUGCAGAGCCCUGGCUGCGAAGCCUCCAACCGGCCUGCUCGCCCGGUGAACGCCGGAACGUCUGCAGCCCGGCGUGGGCACGCGGAAGGGCCGCUGCCCGCCCCCCACUCCAGACUGCUGCAAGCGGACUGCCGUGGCCUGCCCGCGUCUGCGCCCCCCGCGCGCUGCGGUGUCCGGAGCCGGAGCCGGGCGGGGGUGCGGGCCCGCGGGGGCGGCGUCGGGCGCCUUCCUCCGCCAGUCCCUCCCCGGCGGCCGCCGCUCGGCGCCUUUAAGGCAGCGGGAGGGAGCGGCGAGGCGGCGGCUGCGGCGGCCGAGGCGCGCGGGGCGGGGGCGCGGGGCGCGGCGCGCGGAGUCCGCUCGGGGCCGGAGGAGGCUCGGCGGCCGGGGCCGGGCCGGGAGCGGCGAGGAGCGCGCGCGGCGCAGCCGGAGCCCGCCGCCCGGGACAUGGCCAAGGCGGGCCGCGCAGGUGGCCCUCCCCCGGGCGGCGGUGCCCCCUGGCACCUUCGAAACGUCCUCAGCGACUCAGUGGAGAGCUCGGACGAUGAAUUCUUUGAUGCCAGAGAGGACAUGGCCGAAGGGAAGAAUUCCAUCCUCAUCGGGAUGAGCCAGUGGAGUUCUAACGACCUGGCGGAGCAGAUGGGGACCUUGGGGAGACUGGAGGGGCACCAGGGAGAUGGGAGCGCCCCGUGCACGUCCAGCGCCCUCCAGGAGAAGCAGCGAGAACUGUAUCGGGUUUCCUUGAGAAGACAGAGGUUCCCGGCCCAGGGCAGCAUCGAGAUCCACGAAGACAAUGAGGAAGGCUGCCCGCGGCGCUCCUGCAAGACGCACGUGCUCCUGCUGGUGCUCCACGGGGGCAACGUCCUGGACACGGGUGCAGGGGACCCGGCCUGCAAGGCGGCCGACAUCCACACCUUCGGCUCCGUGCUGGAGAAGGUCACGCGCGCCCACUUCCCGGCGGCCCUGGGCCACAUCCUCAUCAAGUUCGUGCCCUGUCCUGCCGUCUGCUCCGAGGCCUUCUCGCUCGUCUCUAACCUGAACCCCUACAGCCACGAUGAGGGCUGCCUCGGCAACAGCCAGGACCACGUCCCCCUGGCCGCCCUGCCCCUGCUGGCCAUCUCCUCUCCGCGGUACCAGGACGCGGUGGCCACCGUCAUCGAGCGGGCCAACCAGGUCUACACAGAGUUCCUCAAGUCCCCUGACGGAAUCGGCUUCAGUGGGCAGGUGUGUCUCAUCGGGGACUGUGUGGGGGGCCUCCUGGCCUUCGAUGCCAUCUGCUACAGCGCGGGGCCCUCGGGUGACAGUCCAGGCGGCAGCAGCCGGAAGGGCAGCAUCAGCAGCACCCAGGACGCCCCCGUCGUGGCGGACGAGGCGUGCGGUCUGGCCGGCAGCAAGCGUCUCAGCAAGAGCAGCAUUGACGUCUCCGGCGUGCCGGACGAGGACGCCUCGGAGCCCCAGAGGCCGUUGCCUCGGAAACAGAGCGAUUCCUCCACCUACGACUGUGAGGCCAUCGGCCAGCAUCAUGCCUUCCUGUCCAGCAUCCACUCGAACGUGCUGAAGGACGAGGCCGAGCCCCCCGCGGCCGGGGGGCUCCCGCCGCCCGAGGUCAGCCUGGGUCGCUUGGACUUCGACGUGUCCGACUUCUUCCUCUUUGGCUCGCCCCUGGGCCUGGUCCUGGCCAUGCGGAGGACAGUGCUGCCGGGACUGGACGGCUUCCAGAUGCGUCCCGCCUGCAGCCAGGUCUACAGUUUCUUCCACUGCGCAGACCCCUCUGCUUCGCGGCUGGAGCCCCUGCUGGAGCCCAAGUUCCACCUGGUGCCGCCCGUCAGCGUGCCCCGCUACCAGAGGUUCCCGCUGGGCGACGGGCAGUCCCUCCUGCUGGCUGACGCUCUGCACGCCCACAGCGGCCUCUUCCUGGAGGGCGGCUCACGGGACAGCCCACCGCCCCCGGACGCCCCCGCCCCGCCUCCUCAGGCCCCGGGGGCCCAGUGCCCUGCACGGAGGAUGAGCCGGGACAGCUCACACAGCGACAGCUCAGACUCCUCAGACAGCCUGGCCCCCGCGGGCGUCUCCCACAUCACGGCCAAGUGGUGGGGCGCCAAGCGUAUCGACUACGCCCUGUACUGCCCCGACGUCCUCACGGCCUUCCCCACCGUGGCCCUGCCCCACCUCUUCCACGCCAGCUACUGGGAGUCCACGGACGUGGUAGCCUUCAUCCUGAGACAGGUGAUGCGCUACGAGAACGUGACCGUCAAGGAGAACGCAGGCCUGGAUCCUGCGGCACUGAGCCCCGCCAACCCCCGUGAGAAGUGGCUUCGCAAGAGGACCCAGGUCAAGCUGCGGAACGUCACCGCGAACCACCGGGCCAACGACGUGAUCGCCGCGGGAAGACGGCCCGCAGGUCCUGGUGGGGCGCUUCAUGUACGGGCCCCUGGACAUGGUGGCUCUGACCGGAGAGAAGGUGGACAUCCUGGUGAUGGCGGAGCCGUCCUCGGGCCGCUGGGUGCCACUGGACACGGAGAUCACCAACAGCAGCGGCCGCAUCACCUACAGCGUCCCGCGGCCCCGGCGCCUGGGGGUGGGCGUCUACCCGUGAAGAUGGUCGUCAGGGGCGACCAGACCUUUGCGAUGAGCUACCUCACGGUGCUGCCCCGGGGCAUGGAGUGCGUGGUGUUCAGCAUCGACGGGUCCUUCGCGGCCAGCGUGUCUAUCAUGGGAAGUGACCCCAAGGUCCGGCCGGGGGCCGUGGACGUCGUCCGGCACUGGCAGGAUCUGGGCUACCUGAUCCUGUACAUCACGGGGCGGCCGGACAUGCAGAAGCAGCGGGUGGUGUCCUGGCUGUGCCAGCACAACUUUCCACAGGGCAUGAUCUUCUUCUCCGACGGGCUGGUGCACGACCCCCUGCGGCAGAAGGCCAUCUUCCUCCGCAACCUCGUGCAGGAGUGUUUCAUCAGAAUCAGCGCGGCCUACGGCUCCACUAAGGACAUCUCCGUGUACAGUGUGCUGGGUCUGCUGCCCUCCCAGAUCUUCAUCGUGGGCCGGCCCACCAAGAAGUACCAGGCCCAGUGCCAGUUCCUGAGCGAGGGCUACGCGGCCCACCUGGCGACGCUGGAGGCCGGCCACCGCUCGCGCCCGAAGAAGAACAACUCGCGGAUGGUGCUGCGCAAGGGCAGCUUCGGCCUGCACGCGCAGCCCGAGUUCCUGCGGAAGCGCAACCACCUGCGCAGGACCAUGUCCGUGCAGCAGCCCCACCCGCCCGCCAACCCCAAGCCCGAGCGGGCCCAGAGCCAGCCCGAGUCCGACAAGGACCAGGAGCGGCCCCUGCCCGCGCUCAGCUGGGCGCGCGGGCCCCCCAAGUUCGAGUCGGUGCCCUGAGAGCCGGGCUGCGCGCAGAGGGCCGGGGCCGGGCGGGGGUGGGGGGUGCUGCUCCCCGAGACGGGCCGUUUCCUGCUUUUCCCCGCCCCCGUGUGUGUCCAGCGGUGUCCGAGCAGAGCGGGGAGGGACCCUGCCGAGCCCCGGGGAGGGGGCUCCCUGGGCCACGAGGGGGUGAGACCCCAGGGUCUCCGCAGCCGCGGCUGCCUCCCCGUGCGGGACCUGGGACCGCGAGCCCGUCGGGGGCGGUGUCCGUGGAGUCCUGGGGGGCAGGCCUGCCCCGAGCUGGCCGGUCUGACAGAGUUGACCACCUUUCUGGGGUCCACGCAGGCCCUAAAGGGAGAAGCCGCCAGACCGGGGAUCAGCAGCCGCCGGCACGUGCAGCUCCCAGAGGCCUGGGGGACGGACAAGUGGCAUCGCGCCGGCCCCCCCCCCGUGACAUCCUGGGUCAGCCUCAUGGGCCUGGCUUUCCUGUGGCAAAGUGGCCACUUUCUGGGAGGGAGGGGACAUCCCCCGGGGCUCCUCCUGUGUCCACGUGUCUGUCCACGGCCCUUGCGGGGGUGAGGGGGGGUGGCGGGGUCUGGUGCUGACGGUCUGUCCUUCUGCGGCUGUCCAUUGUCCCCGUCUUGUCCUCGGUAUUCCUGCCGUUCACCCGCGGCCGGAGAGGACGGCCAUUCCUCUUCCCGGGGUCCUGCCUGGGGCCCUCCCUGGGGAGGCUGCGGCCCUGGGCGCUGGCCCGGCUGGGCUGGCUGAGAGCCCUUGAGCCCCUCGUCGCCCUCUCUGGGCCCUGGCUUCCUUACGGAAUUGGAAGGUCCCCCCGGCUGAGACUGGUGCGCGGUUUCUGACUCCUGGGCUGUCUUCUGUCUUGCACUUCUGUGCCCUGGGGUUUCUGGGCCUCAGAGCCCCUCAGACCACCCCGGCUCCACCUUCCACACUGUCUGAGAGAGGGGCUCUGGGGGGGCCCUCACUGUCGCCCCACUGCUUGGGGAGGGAGGGGGAUGGGAAGGGGUCCCGGCUCCGUGAGGCAGCGUGCUUUGCACUGAUGCCCAAACCAAAACCACGUGUCCCGGCAGCGGGGACACCCCCCACCCGGGGGGCCGGGCUCGCCCUCCCCAGCGCUGCUCACGCUGACUCUGUUUUGGCUCCUGGAGGACAUAGAGCUGAGAUCCCAGCGCUCCGGGGGCGCGUGUCAUUUUGGCUCAAACUGUUGUACUCUUUUCCCCUCCGCCUGCCACUCAGCUUGGUUUGGGGCCCACGCCCUCCUCCUGGGCCGUCCCGUGAGGUGAGGUCGGCAGGGCUCUCCUGCAGCCCAGCCCAGGCCCACACCCGCCCCGGCCUGCUUCGGAGCCCCUGAGGCUGGCCCAGCUCCUCCAGGCGGGGCUGUGCCCGAGUCCAGGCACCUGCGUGGGCCCGUGUCGCUUCUGCUCCGUGUCUACCUCUUGCGGCUCCCAUGUGGCCAGCGUCCUCCCCGCAGCGGCUGCUGUGACCUGCCCAGCAGACCUGCUGGGGCUGGAGGGGUCCGGGCUCCCGGCCCCCACCCCGCUCUCUCCAGUGUGCGGCACCCCCCUCCCCCAGUCCUGCGGCUCCCCUGUAGGCAGGGGCAGGUACCCUGGGGGUGUCCUCUCCAGCCCUGCCUCCUGGGUUCCCAGGUGCCCAUCCCUCCUUCCACACUUGGUCGUCGGGGCUCCCCAGAAGGUAGGAGGUCAUAGGCACAGCUACUCCCACCCCAGGCCUUCCUGUCCUUCCCGAAUUCUAGCCUGCGUUGAAGUCUGGCGGACUUACUCUGAUUCUCUGAGGCUCCGCUAUCCCCUUUCCUUCCAGAAGCCCCUGCCGUCAGUCUCCACUGAUAAAUUAGUGGAGUUAUGUCUUCCCGAGUUAGGUUCCCUCUGCCCUGUGAGCCCCAGGCUGGGAGUGAGAGACACAGAGAGACAGAGAACACCAGGACCCUGGGGAGUUUGGAGUCCCAGUGAGCAGGGUACUGUGGCUGGGGAUGUGGGGUUCUGGGGGUGCUGUGGUUUUGGGGGUCCAGGGUUCUGGGAGGUGCCAUGGUUCUGGGGGGGUGCUGGGGGUCUGGGAUUCUGGGGGUCCCGUGGUUCUGGGGGUGCUGGAGUUCUGGGGAUGCUGGGACUCUGGGAUUCUGGGGGUCCCGUGGUUCUGGGGGUGCUGGGACUCUGGGGGUGCUGUGAUUAUGGGGGUCCGGAGCUGGGAUGUGGGGCCCGGCAGGAGGCCACCCCUUCUCCUUUGUGGAAUCGGAGGACUCACACCUGCGAUUGGGGAGAUGAAAGGCGGCGUCCUGAGCCCGCCUCUCGGGUUAGUGGGCGUGUGCGCAUGCGCGCGAGCGCCCCUCCGCCUUGGCGUUGGUUAACGCGCGCUCCCGGACGAGCGGUUUGUGCGGUUUUGUCCGUGCGCUGAAGUUGGAGGGAGACGAGCAGGCUGCGUUGUUCCCUGGAGGGGGGCCGCCGCCCCUCCCCGAGUGGGUCCGUGAGCCCGCCUGGCUGUUUCCCAGAGAACCCUUUCGGUCCCCGGUGCGCCCUCUCCCGGGACCUGGAGCGUCCUUCUUCCCGCCUGAUCAGAGCUCCUCGUUUCUCGCGUGGCAUGUUCGUUCUUCCCUGUCUGGUGGCCGUCCCUGUCCCCUGUCGGAGGGCCUGCCUGCCGCCCUCCCCCGCGCCCGCCCCGAGGGGGUCUCGGGGGCCUACCCUUCUGGCUUCGUGGGGUUUUCCUGAAGAUCGGGACCUGCCCUUGGGCUCCACAAAACAUGCGUUAAAAAAAGUGGACCGUUUUUAUGCCCUUGGACGGACGGCCCUCCUGUCUGGGUGCUGGGCCACAGAAACUGCGUCUGAACCCCGUGUUCCAAAGAGGUUACGGGGGCGUGGGUCCCCGGAAGGAGGGGAGGCUGGAUCUCCUGGCUUUUUGAACUGUUUUUACCACUUUGGAGCCCCUGGUCUGCACCCUGGGAGUGUCCUACAGGCAAAACAGGGCGUGCAUCUUUCAAUGAAAGCCAGAGGCCCGAGCAGGCGGCUCUGGUUUCCCGUGGACGCCCUCCCUAAACAUGGGCGCAGCCCCGCCAGGGAGGGGGGCCCUAGCUGGAAAGGAGCCUCAAGGCCGGACCCCGCCUUAAAUAACCAGCUUCCCCGCCGAAUCCCCCGGGUCUGGGCACCAAGUGCUCUGGAAACCUGUUCUCUGGCUCAGCUAAAACACGUAACCCCUCGCUCCUUCCCCUCCCUCUGGGCUUGGGGGAACCUUAAAAAUCACAGCUGGGGUUAAGUCCACACAGGGAGGCCCGGCCGGGGCCUGCUCUUCCCGUGGAGAAACCAGGGUGGCCGGUGGGGGGGGGGGGGAAGUAGAGUCACUGAGGAGGGGCAGGACGGCUCGCCCCUGGGGACAUCCACCCUCGAACCCCUGUCCUCUGUUUACUCCGAGGUGGCAGCCCGUCCCGUCUUGUCCGUGGUCCGACUGUUCCUAAAUGUGUGACUCUCAGUAUUGCCAGUGGCAGCCGGUUCUGUGGUGAAAAAGGUUUAUUCCCUUCCUCACGGCUGCCUUGUACAAAAUCCGUUAGAAAAGGAAAUGUAAAAUACCAGAUUUCUAAAGCGACAAACACAGCACUACGGGGUUAAAAGAUUUUUACUACUGGUCUUGAUUUUGACGUGAGCUGGUUUUUAACUCUUGAACGUUGUCACUGAAAUAAAAACCUGAUUUGCCUUUAAA